AUGGGGAUUCCAUCGGAGAUGAGGGACCUGUUUGCAAAUUCAAAGAAGCCAUUGGUGAUCCAGUCUCCAGCUGAAGAGGCGAAAAUUCUCCGCUCGAAGCAGUGUACUCAAGAAGGCGUGCGAGCCGGAGCCAAAGCUGCCGCUGUUACAUGUGUUGCCAGCGCUGUGCCUACUCUGAUUGCUGUUCGAAAAAUUCCUUGGGCUAAGGCGAAUCUCAACUAUACUGCGCAGGCACUCAUCAUAUCGGGUGCAUCAAUAGCAGCGUACUUCAUCACUGCCGACAAAACCAUCUUGGAGUGCGCAAGGAAAAAUGCACAGUAUAAAUCGACUUAA